AUGGAGCCGGCCCAGCAAGUUCAGGGCAACGACAAAACAAAGCAAGCAGCCCCAGCCCAAGCCCAGGCCCAUGCCGAAAGCAGUGGUGCAAAGCAAGCAGCCCUAGCCAAUGAUUCGGGAUCCCAGGUCCAUCCCGAACACGAUGGUGCAGAGCAAGCAGCCCUAGCCAAUCCCAAAACACCGCAGAUCCACGCCGAAGAGCAAGCCGCAGCCAAUCCCCAGAAACCCGAUGGUACAAAGCAAGCAGCCGUAGCCAAUCCCAAGGGACCCCAGAUCCACGUCGAAGAGCAAGCCGCAGCCAAUCCCCAGAAACCCGAUGGUACAAAGCAAGCAGCCCGAGCCAAUCCCGAGGGACCCCAGAUCCAUACCGAAGAGCAAGCCGCAGCCAAUCCCAAGAAACCCGAUGGUACAAAGCAAGAAGCCGUAGCAGAAGCCGUAGCCAAUCCCAAGGGACCCCAGAUCCCGAUCGCCAGCAGUGCUGCUCCUAGCCAGGAAGCCCUCAAACCGAGGCCCAAAAUGCUCCCUAGCAGCAAGGCAGCCCCCAAGCCCACGGAACAGGAUGACGAGUACGACCCCGGAGAGGAAACCGUUCAGCCCCCCGAACAGGUGAGCAAAGCGACCCUCAUGAAAAGGCUCGCACGCCUAUGUGCACCGAGGGAGGACGGGACAUACAAAAUCCCCAUGGAUGUCAUCGACUCCUACAAGAAUCUAUCCAGUCGUGACCAAGUCUACCGAAGCUUCGAGAAAUGUGGCUGCGUGCUCUUUUCGAAGCGAAUCAACCGCAAGUAUGAGGAAAUCAAUGAGAAGACUGUGGAGACAGAGUAUGAGUUCCUAACAGAACAGGAGAUGAUUGACAAGGGAUGGAGCGAGAAAAAAAUCAAGGGUGCCAAGAAGAGCUGUGAGAAACGCCCCGGCUGGAAGAGGAAGUCGGAGUACUGCGACGAAUGGAUGUUCUGGGUGGCUGUCAAAGUCAAAGGAACCAACAAGAAGACGAAACGCCACACAGUCGCCGAGAUCUUGGAGGGCGGCGACGACGAGCCGAUGGAGGAUCCUGAGGUUGCCAUGGACGACUACCCGUUUCUUCUCGAGGGUGACGGGGACAAGACAGGAGAUGGGGAAUCCGGCGGGGACGACGACAGCAGCGACGACGGCGAAGAAGCAGGUCGCAUCUUGAGGAAAGUGAACUUUCCCGACGUGGGAAAGAAGCCUCAGGAUUCGUGCAUGUCCGUUGUGAGCUGCUUGCAAAAGCGAACCCAGAAGCUACAGCCUGUGAUGGACAAGCUGGACCAGAUUAAGAACAUGACGACAUCGCAAACGAAGAACCUCGCCCAAUUAGUUUACCCCGUGUACAAAGAGUCCGUCAAGACCGUGACGGACAAACUCACCGAGCUGGAGGAUACCUUGACCAGCAUCUACAGCAAUGGGAUUGCUCUUGGUUCCUCGGAUGAAGACACGUUCGGGCGAGUGGCACAGUAUGCUGAAAUGCUCGGGGAAGGAGUCGGGGCCAGUGCCAAGGAUGCCAAGCGGUGCAUCCGACAGAUGCAGCAUCCGGACGAGCCGGAGCACAAAAGGAGAGAGGCCCCGAACGAGGAGAGAGAUUGCCACAGGUAUUUUAAGCACUGGGGUUUAUCUUUGCCUGUGCCAAUAACCGAAAAAACUUUCGUGCUGGACGACAGAGAGAAAGCUGAGACUGCUUAUAUACGAGUCCAAGACUGGUUGCUGUAUCUCUUGAAACGGAAUCGUUCGUUGCUCGCUGGGGGCAACGAAUCUUUGGAGUUCCAGCUGGAGGCCUACUGGAUGGCUUACAGGCAGACACACAGCACCCAUCCGGUGUUCGAGCGAGGGCUGGACCUCGGGACCACGAUUCCAUUGGCUUUUUAUUCAGAUGAAGGCAAGGGCCCGAAGCGAGGCAACUUCGUAGUGGUUGCCAUCGAGUCGCCGAUUGGUUUGCAGGACGUGGCCGAGGACUUUAGUUGCACUUGCGAAGAAGAUGUGAGGAAGGCACCGCAGCAGGUUGUUCCGGGCCAGCAAGCAGCCGGCCCGUACACGCCGAUGGAGGAAGCCGCCCUGAAGCAAGGCACUACAUGCACAGGCCACUCCUACCUCACCAGACAUGUGCUUUUUGGCCUUCCAGAUUGGGUGUACAAACACCAUCCAGAGGUCUUGGAAAAGAUGACAGAGCAGGACGUGUCGCAUGAGCCAUCCUGGGCUGCGACACUUCAUCAGGAGCGACCUUGGGACUCCACGCCUGCAAUGUGCAGUGUGCCACACGACCCCGUUGCACCUGAAAGAGUUCUGAAAUACGACGUGUUCCAUUGCUUUAAGGUUGGCUUGGGCAGGGACAUCUGUGGCACACUGGUUUUACUAGCCCGCCUUGGAUAUUACGACGAUCCUGGUGCCAGCGAAGACAGAAAUAUCAAGGCGAGGCUGAACCGGGCCUAUCAGCAUUUCAGGCUUUGGCGGUUGGCAUCGGGCAAGACGGCUGCAUUGAGAUACUUUUCGCCGAGCCUGUUUAACCUCAAGCGGCUAUCGGACUACGCUUGGGCGAAUACGAAGGGAAGUGACACGACACUGCUUCUGCAAUACAUCAAAUUCUUUGUCACGAUCCUUCUGCAGAGACCAAGGUUGCCUCGGGGCCAUGCCCACUUGUUUCGGCUUCUCCGGAAGACAAUUGAAGAGUCCCAGAAGGCCUUCGAGAUGAUGUAUUCGCAUGGAGUGUGGCUUCGCCGACCGUGUGCACAGAACUUGUACUUGAGACUGAUGUCGGUGCUUUCGGGAUACCAACAUCUCGCUCACCACGCAGUGGGCAUGGGCAUGUCUUUCUUUGCUUUGAAACCCAAGUUCCAUGCCAUACAUCAUUUGGCAUAUGAUCUCCGGGUAGCAUUGCUGACCGAUGCAAAACUGAUCCCCAACCCUAUCACUUGGAACUGUGAAAUGGGUGAAGACCUGAUCGGUCGAGUGUGUUCUUUAUCGAUGAAGGUCUCGACCAGGACGAUCAACAAGAGGGUGCUGCAGCGACACUUCCUCAAGAAGGCUAACUGCUCGAAGCUUCGGGACACCGCUGCAGCAGCUCAAAUGACAGUUACGUCCGAAUGGAAGAAGCUUCCGUGUGGAAUGGACAUUGCGCAUGGCUGCAACGGACGUCAGCCUAAGCCGUAA